AUGAAUAACAGCGACGCGUACAAGCUCCGUCAGCGAGUCCUCGAGCUCGAGACAGAACUCCAAACCACCAGAGCGCUCCUCAAUCGCGUAGAAUCAGAUGCCGGCAACGCUUUCGCGAUACCUGUCUCAAUCCCCGUGGGUUCAUCUAUACACAAUCUUAUGCUGCUGUCCGACUCUGCCUUACCUCUUGGGAGCUUUGCAUAUUCUUCCGGGCUCGAGUCCUUCCUAGCACACCAUAAACCUUUGCCGAAAGACCAGACCACCCUGACGCUCUUCCUCAAGUUUCUCAAACUAUCAAUUCAGUCCGUCGCAUACACGAACGUGCCGUACGCUCUAUCCGCUUUUCGCGACCCUCUUGGCCUCGCGGACCUGGAUAACGAUCUCGACGCAUCGACGCCGUGCACCGUGGCACGACGCGCGAGUAUAGCUCAAGGCCGCGCGCUUUUGAGUGUAUGGGAGAAGGCCUUCUCCCCGGCCUUCAAAGCAAGACCCGACAAAGGCGACGGUCUCGAAGCUCUGCUGACAAUCGAAAUCUUCGCACGCGACCUCAAACUUGCGUCAUUAAGUUCGGAUCCCUUGCCUCUUGUCAAUGGCCAUCUCGCCCCGCUAUGGGGCGUAGUAUGUCUCGCACUGGGCCUCAACCUAGAGGAAGCAGGAUACUUGUUUCUGUUGAACCAUGCUAAGGCUGUCCUAAGUGCUGCAGUCAGAGCUUCCGUGAUGGGUCCGUACAUGGCGCAGAACAUCCUUGCUGGUCGAGAUCUACAAACCAUUAUUCACCAAAGCCUGGAGAAAAUAUGGUUUCUCCAGCCCGAGGAUGCUGGACAGGUAGUUCCGACCAUGGACUUGUGGAUUGGAAGGCAUGAGAUGUUGUACAGUCGGAUCUUCAAUUCUUGA